CACUCUUAUAUGACAUCAUACUUCAUUCCAGUGUUUGAUUGAUUUGUUAUUUAUAUUAUUAGAGAGCUCUUAUGUGUGUAGGUUUUUCUCUUCUCCGUGUAAUUUGAGCUUAUUUAGCUCUCCGCCGUUUUAUAUAGUGCAGUGUUUAUUGUAACAUUUUUUAGUGCGUUAUCGAAGAUACCGGCUGGUUGCACAAAAAUUUAAUAUAAAAUUGUUAUAUUUUCAUGUGAUUGUAAUUAAUAACAAACAGCCAAUUAUUUUUGAACCUUUACCUAUAUUUUCUCCCAUCGUGUUUCUCCAAUAAUGGCUAAUCAUGAAGACGACAAAAGUGAAGGUUCUGCCGAAAUGGAGGUCGAAAACGAGAGAGAAGAUUCUGAGGAGCCUGAGAAGAUAUUAAUUAUAGAUCCUAAUAGCGAAGAACUAGAUUUCAAUCAUUCAAGAUUAACCAAAUUAGAAAAUCUAGAACCUCUGACACAAAUACGCAGAUUAUGCUUCACGUGGAAUCUUAUAAAGAAAAUAGAAAAUCUUGAUACACUUACUACUUUGGUGGAAUUAGAACUGAGAGAUAAUCAAAUUACAUGCAUAGAAAAUCUGGACGCUCUUGUGAAUCUGGAACUUUUGGACUUAUCAUUUAAUCGUAUUAAGAAGAUAGAAGGAUUGGAGAAUUUAUUAAAUCUACAGAAGCUAUUUUUAUCAUCCAAUAAGAUUUUACAUAUUGAGAACGUUUCGCAUUUGGCAAAUCUCACAACACUGGAAUUAGGUGAUAACAAAAUACGUGAAAUUGAGAAUUUAGAAGGUUUUCAAAAGCUAACUAAUUUGUAUCUUGGUAAAAACAAAAUCACGAAAAUUCAAAAUCUGGAAAGUUUGAAAAAUCUCACCUUAUUAAGUCUGCAAAGUAAUCGGAUUACAAAGAUUGAGAAUAUCGAGGAAUUAAAAAAAUUGGAUCAAUUGUACUUAUCUGAAAAUGGUAUAACAUGUAUAGAAGGCAUAGAAAAUUGCCCAGGAUUAACAACAUUUGAUCUAGCAAAUAAUAAAAUUAAAAAAAUUCAAAAUAUGGAUCAUCUUGAAAAUUUGGAAGAAUUUUGGAUGAAUAAUAAUGAAAUUGAAGAUUGGAACACAUUGGAGAAUUUAACAGCCAACAAAAAAUUACAGACUGUGUAUCUAGAGUAUAAUCCUAUUGCAAAGGAUCCAAAUUACAGAAGAAAAAUUAUGCUAUUACUGCCAUGGCUCGAACAGUUGGAUGCAACUCUUUGUAAGAGAAAGACAGGUCAACAGUGGAAAGAAUAACAAUAAGUAAAAUAUAGCAGAAAGUAACUAUAAAUAGCAAAAUCGCAAAUUGUGUUUACAAAGGAUACAUGCAAUGGAAUUCAAA